UUAAUGUCCCUCUCCUCGACGACUCCCAGGAAGAUUCUCAACAACAUGGGUCCAUUUCCGGGGCAGUCUUCAACAUCUCAACCACCAUGAUCGGUGCUGGAAUCAUGUCGAUUCCGGCAACCAUCAAGGUUCUGGGCAUACUCCCUGGCUUCAUUCUUAUUGUUUUUGUGGCGUUGGUAACCGAUGUCACCGUGGAGUUUAUGUUAAGGUACACCGCACAUGGAAAAUCUCUUACAUAUGCUUCCAUGGUUGGUGAAUCAUUUGGCUCAUUGGGCUCCCUUGCCGUCAAGAUUUGUGUCAUCACAACAAACCUUGGUGUUCUUAUCAUUUACUUCAUUAUUCUCGGAGACGUGCUAUGUGGAAAUGAAUCGAAAGGCAGCACACAUUUGGGCAUCCUUCAAGAAUGGUUUGGGAUCCACUGGUGGACCUCGCGCGCUUUUGCUCUUCUUCUAGUUGCUCUUUUCAUAAUGCUCCCACUUGUUAUGUUACGCCGUGUUGAUUCAUUGAGGUAUAGUUCAGCAAUAUCAAUCCUACUAGCAUUGGUGUUUGUUGCAAUAUGCUCUUCCAUGGCUUUUUAUGCAUUGUGGUGCGGCAAAACUCAGCCACUGAGGUUACUUCCUGAUUUCUCUCAAGUCACUGUCCUUGAUCUUUUCACCACUGUCCCUAUCUUUGUCACUGGUUUUGGAUUUCAUGUCAAUGUUCAUCCAAUUAGAGCAGAGCUAGGAAAACCAGGGGACAUGAAUUUGGCAGUGAGGAUAUCAUUGAUGAUAUGUGUAGGCAUAUACUUUGCAAUUGGCUUCUUUGGUUACCUAUUGUUUGGAGACUCAAUCAUGGCAGAUAUGUUGGUCAACUUUGACCAAAACUCCAACACAAGUGGUGGUAGAUUGCUCAAUGACAUAGUUAGGUUAAGCUAUGCACUCCACCUUGCCCUUGUAUUCCCCAUCAUGAAUUAUUCCUUGAGGGCCAACAUUGAUGAACUUAUUGCAUUCUCAAAUCAUAAUAAUAAUAAUAGGCCUCCUCUUGCAUUAGACACACCAAGAUUUGUGUCAUUAACUCUUGGAUUGCUAGCAUUCACAUAUUUGGUGGCAGUGGCAAUUCCAAACAUUUGGUAUUUCUUUCAGUUCUUGGGCUCUACUACCAUUGUUUGCCUCUCUUUCAUUUUCCCUGCCUCAAUCAUUCUAAGGGAUACGCAUGGCAUAUCAAAGACAAAAGAUCAAGUGAUGGCAAUAGUAGUGAUAGUUUUGGCUGUAGGGACCAGUGGAAUUGCUAUAUGGACCAACUUGUAUGGUUGACCAUCUUGACAUUAAUGAACUGUGUCUUUUUUCUUUUAGUUCCUUUUUUCUCUCUCUCAUAUUAUGGAUCUAAGAGGCAAUCAACAUGUAUAUAACUUCUUAUUU